UGCAUUACUGUCGUUAUUUUCACUUUAAAAAUGUCAGAAGACAACGAAUUAGACAACGACCAUCAAGAAUUAAGCCCAGCAAGUGUUAAUGUUAGCGCAAUUCAAAGGCAACUAUCUGCUGCUGUUCAAGCUGCUGCUGAAGAGCCUUCUUUUAAUUUAAGACUUAUUGAAGCUGUGAAACAAAGCCAUUGUUUAUAUGACCCUUCUGAUAGACAAUAUAGAAGUGCUGACUACAAAAUUAAAGUAUGGAAUCGUCUUGUACAAAUGCUUGGAUUUCAAGGAGAUGCUAGAACUUUGUAUAAUCGUUGGAAGCAGUUGAGAGAUAAAUAUGGAAAAGAGAAAAAGAAAUUGAAAUACAGUGGAGAACAACAUUCACAAUGGCAAUAUUUUAAGUAUUUUGAGUUUCUCGAUCCUCACAUGGUUGAUAGGACACAAACUCGUUUUGAGCGGAACAAAGAAGGAAAGAAUGAUCAACAACAAAUAGUAAUAACUGACCCCAAUUUUACUCUCCAUUUGAUUGAUGAAGUUCGACUGCAACCUUGUCUUUAUGACAUUAAGGAUCCAAAAUAUCGACACAGUGAAUAUAGAAAUCAGGCUUGGGGAGAAAUUGCGAAGAAUUUGUCUUUUCCAGGUUUCUGA